CCGCACCGUUUGGAAGUCUGAAGCGUGGCUAUGGGGGAUCCAGAAUGGGGAACUAUUGUGAAGCGAAAACUACCCGAUUUGGUCAAGUCAGUGCGCAUUACAGAUCUGUUGGACCAUCUCAUUGCUGACAAUCUCAUCGAUGCAGAAGAGUACGAGACGUUGUCUAAUAUCGUAGAAAAGCCAGCAAAAAGCCAUUAGGAAACUCUUCGUCUCUAUCCUUCCUCGAAAGCCUCCUGGAACGUUUUCACUCGUGCUCUCCGUACUAGAGAGCAUUCCAGAGCAGAAGUUCGUCGCUGAAAUGCUGAAAGGAACACGUACAGUAGCAUCAGUCAGACAGACGGCUGUAGUUGCAGCAGAACGUUGGUGCGUAGACAAGUUUACUGCACCUCCUGUUGCAAGUCAAAUAAAAGUGAGAUGCCUUGAGCAGAAACUCGUGAGUAAACUGUCGGACUUGUUGGAUCCGCCGUCACAGACAGACCUGGACUGGCGAGGUCUGUGUGCGGAACUGGGGGAAGACUCGAAGUUGUUUACUGCUUCGGAUGUGGAGCUGUUUACUGCUUCGGAUGUGGAGCUGUACACUAUGCAGUAUGGGAAGCAAAAUGGAAGUCCAACAGAAGCUCUCUUGCGUGAUUUGGGUGCUAGGACUGAAGCUACAGUUCGAGACCUAUUUGACGCUUUCAAACGAAUGAAGUUUGGGAGUGCUCUGGAGCUGCUCCACACUUACUUUACAGAACGUGAUGAAAAAGAGUGGACCACAGAAAUCCAUGAACAGAAUUCUAAGGUACCACUGAACAGACCUAAUGCUCAUGAUGUUGUAUCAAGGACACAAGACAUUAAGGUCAUUUCACAAACGUUUAUCAAGCUUCAGCAGUUAAAUGAACGAGAUGUUGCAGAGGCCUUACUUUAUGUAUUUUUGACUGGGCCACCUGCAUGUGGGAAGACCGAGUUAGGUAGACAAUAUGCAGAAGAUGUAGAACAGCAAUGGAAGAAACAAAACUCUCGUCCGCACAUGAUAGGUGUACUGAAGGCAGGAUCGGUGAAAGAAUUUGACACGAGUCUUCAGAAACUAGCUCAACAUAUAGGAUGUCCUCGAGCUGUAGAUGUUGCAGUAAAUAUAACUGAUGUUACGCGAAGGCUCAAGACUUUGGCUGAUAAUAUAAAACAUCGUAUGAAGACGUUCAAGAAAUGGCUAUUGGUUAUUGACAACCUAACGAGGUCAACAGAUAAAUUAUUGUCAGGCUACUGGCCUGAACCAGGCAGUGAUGACUGGCAAAAAGGUAUGAUCUUGGUAACUACGAGUGACAGAAGUGUGGUGCCUCGUGGCAAUCCUAAAGUAGACGAAAUAAGGUUGAGCUACGGUCUCACACCAAGUGAAUCUGUUGAUCUACUACGUUGCAUUUCAAAAUGUGAAAAUGAAGAUGGUGCUCGUCAGUUAGCAGCUGAACUUGAUUACAACCCUCUUUCUCUUGCUAGUGCAGGGCUGUAUGUUAGAGAAACAAGACAAACUGAUGGGAGACAAAUGUCAUGGCGUGAGUACAUAGAUCGCUUGAGUAAAAACAUUCAGGCAGAGACUGAAGAGUAUUUGGCUGAGAAAAAUAAGACAUAUCCUCACACACUUCGAACUGCUAUCUGGGCUGCCUUGAAGAAAAUGACAGAAUCAAAUGAACGACUAAAGUUUGCUUUGCAAAUGAUUUCAGUUUGUUGUCAACAACAUUCACUUCCUGUCUCUGCUGUUCUUGUAUUUAUAGAAAAUUGUUCUGGUAGCUCAUCACAAGUAGACAAGCUCACAAUGAGAAACUGCAGUCUUAUUCUAUUCUCCAGAGUUGAUAAUAUUCAUGUACACGCUUCCACUCAUGAUGCUUUGAGGCAGAUGUGGGAAAGUAAUCUGGACAAAAACUCUUGGGAAUUAGCUGCACUUAAGGCACUCGUUGCAGAAAGCAAGAGAGUAGAAAAUGAUUAUGACAGAAAACAUGCCAGAUCUGUUCAACUCUUACUCCUUCCUCACAUGUUGCACAUACUGCAACAACCUUCAUGCAGUGGGACAAAUCAAGAGGUUAUUGCAGAAGCUUGGAUGUUGUGUUCCAGUGGAAUUGAUGCUCUUGGUGGCCCGUGUAAAGUUGGACAGUGGUCAGACACAGGAAAUAUGCUUUGUCAACAAAAGAAAUGUCUUGAAGCUGCUUUGCGUUUGUAUAAGUGUGUACCUCCUCUGCAAAAAGAGCAAUUAGUAGAGUGCUAUCUCCAGUUGGCUGAUGUCUUUGAUGGCAUGUAUCAACAAGACGAAGCUCUUUGCAAUGCUGAAUUGGCAGUUAAGGAAGCUACUUUAGCAGGAGAAACCUGUAAACAUGUAAGAGCUAAGUCAAUGAAAAAACUGGCAAGCAUAUGCAUAGAUAAAGGAAACAUUGAUCGAGCCAUACACCUGUUUGAGGAAAGUAAAAACAUAUAUGUCGAUUUGUGUGGAUACGAAAGUAUUUAUGUGGCUUCUGUGUUAACAAGCCUUGGUCGUGCAUAUCACGAUAUUGGACAAAAUGAUCACUCCAAGAGACUCUAUGAAGAGUCGAUGAAAAUAUGUGCACACGUUACUGAAACAGAAGGACUAAUGUUUACCUCACUUUUGGCUCAAACCUUUGCUAGUCUUGGCCGAGCAUAUUUGGAGCCUGGUUAUGUUGAUACCGAGAAAGCUUUGCAAUGUUUGCAACAGAGCCUCAGAGUGCGACGACACAUUUAUGGACACGAUCAUCCUAUCUCAGCUAUGACUCUUACUGCAAUUGGUAGAGCUUACUUGGUCAAUCAACAGCCACUCGUUGCAGAACUCCAGUUACGGGAAGCACUUCGCAUUCAACAGCUAACAUUACCCGAGAAUCAUUCAGACAAGGCUAUUACAUUAAAUGUAUUGGGUAACGUUGAACGACAAAGAGGCAAUUUACAAGAAGCAGUUUUCCUCCUUAGGCACAGCCUCGAGAUUCGCACCGCAGUCUUUAAUUCUGAUCACCAGGAUAUUGGAUAUUGUAAAAAUGAUCUUGCCAUGGCUUUACUUCGGAGCGGCAGAGCUGACUGUGCAAUACCAUUGCUUCAAGAUGCUCUUCGCAUAAAAUGUCAGAAAUUUGGUAAUCAUCAUAUUGAAGUUGCUAUCACAUGUGGCUGUCUUGCUGAAGCAUACAAAACUAUAGGAGAUUGCAAACAGUCUAAGACAUACCUAGACAACCGUGCUGAGAUUAUGAACCAGCAAACUGAUACUUGGCUUUUACUAGAAAUAGAAAGCUACUACAAUUUGUAGUGUAUAGACACUGAUUCCUCUAGUUAGCGUACAAACUAUUUUAUGUAUACGUAUUGUUGUUGAAAGACGUAUUAUACAAAUUAGGACUACUGUACUACUCUAGAUAAUGCAACAUUGUUUACUAUAGUUAUCACGACUUGU